GUUAUGAUAAAGACGUCUCGCGACAAACUAUUAAUUCGAAUAUUUUUCUCGCGUAAUUCCAGUGCUGUUUUUAUUUGUUUAAAAAUCAGUGAAUAAGUUUAAAUUACGGUGAGUGUGUGUAGUUCAUACAAAUGUUGAUAAAUUCCUAAUAGGUAUAGUGUGAUAUAGUGAUAAGCAUAGAUUGACGUGAAGUGCCUAUUUGAAGAUGCAAGAGUUACCGGGUCAGCGUGAAGGUACUAAGAAAUAUUUCCAUAAUGGAUACUUCUAUCAUUUGGAUCCACGUUCGGCUGAUAUUGGAAAUGCCUUUAUCUGUAGCUAUCGCUACCGUCAAUGGCAAUGUCCAGUGACUGCUCAAAAGAAUUAUGACGGGGACAUCAAUGUGAAAGGAGAACAUGGUCAUACUCCAACUCCUUUUCAAGAAUACCAACGGUUUGAGGAAUUCAAAAAUAAGCUCAAAGAACAAGCACGUAAAAGUACUGAUCCACCCAAUACUAUCGUCCAGAAACUUAAAAUCGAGUAUUCGGAUGUGGCUCACCUUAUCCUACAAAAUAGUGCAAAAGUUCACAUUAUAAGGGAAAGAAAUAAAUUUCGCCCUAAGCUGCCUGAAAGAUUGAGCGAUCUGGGAAGUUUGCUUGUAGGGUAUGAACCAGCUCAAGCAAUUUACCAAGGACAGGUGACAAUAUGUGAAACCAGCAGUGCAGUCAUCUUUGCGAGUAAUGCUAUGCUGGAGCGCUUAAAUGAUUGUUCAGAGAUUUAUGUGGAUGGUACUUUCAAGUGUGUACCGAGAGCCAUAGGAGCCAAACAGCUGCUUAUUUUGCAUAUGAGGAAAAUGGACGUGGGUAUUGCUAGUGUCUUUGUACUCUGUUCGGGUCAAACCGCUGAAUUGUACACAGGCAUUUGGAAUUUCUUGCUUGGGCGGGCUCCCAGACUCAGAGAGAACUUAAAGACUGUUAUGAUGGAUUUCGAAAGAGCUCUUAUUAAGUCUGUAAAAGAAACCAUGCCAUGGGUCACGAUCAGAGGUUGCUGGUUCCAUUUUACUAGAGCAAUCUCCUUUCAUUGGCAAGACUUAGGCCUGAAAAACGUUUCUUCUCCCCUCGUACAAGAUAUUCUAUCUCUAGCGUGGGUUCUUCCUCUGCUUCCAAAAGAAGGUUUCCCGGAAGCCAUCGAAUUCUAUAGAAAGAAAGCUAAUCAAGUUGAUCCUGAGUACCAAGACAAUGUUAAUAAAUUCAUUAACUACUUAGAAAAUCAAUGGUUACGCAUAGCCGAAGUUGUGUCUGUAUGGAGGUCACCGAAACGAACUAAUAAUAUUUGCGAGUCGUUUCAUAGAUGGCUCCCACAACGCCUAGGCGUUCACCCCAAUCUGUAUGCUUUUAUUGAAAAAUUGGCAACCAUAAUUACCGAGAUAGAGGGUAACUGGCAAGACCUUGAGCGCGAUGGGAAUGCAUUUGGAAAGAAGUGCCGUAAAAAAUCUGCUAUCGAUUCCUACAUAAAUUAUCAUCAGAUAAUGUUGUUUAAUAGAAAAAUCGAUGUUGGUGAAUUUCUUAUGAAAAUGAAGACCCAAAGUGUGAAAAAUUUUAUCACGUUCAAGCUGUACUCACCGCAUAGUGUCAAAAAUCUCAAUCCAGCAGAUAUAUGUGAUCCUGAGGAGCUGGUAAAUUUACUGGAGUAUUCGCAAACAAUCAAAUGCAUGGAUAGUUCCAAUAUUCAAACAAUACAAAUUAUUAUGGAGAAAGAAGAGAAGUUUGAGAAUUCUGUAGAAGAAUCAGAGGGUAUACCAAUACCAAUGAUUGAACUAGAAAAGCAAAUAUAUAAGCGGAGUCCAAUCGUACGACGAAAAAAGCCAGUUUGUCUCUGCUGUACUUCCGAAGCCCCUUCUAAAAUAACCCCAGAAGAGAUAAAAGAAAAGAAGAAGUUACAUCGAAAAUUGAUAAAGAAACACCAGCCUCGGUAUAAACUACCUCCAUCCGUGAAAAAAGCUCUGAAGAAAGCCGAGAAGAAAAAACCGCGUAACCAGCGAAUUACAGAAGAUGAGCCUCGCUACAAAUUAUCUCCAUCAUUUAGAACUUUUCUAAAAAAAAUUAACCGAGUGACUAAACAUUAGUACUUAGUUUUAAGAUUUUACUAAAAUUUUGU